AUGUUCAUUCAUCCCACGGUACUUCGACACCUCUUUGUUGUCAAAGCUGUCUAUACAACGAUUGCACUCUUCGGGGUGCUCGCUUGGGUAAUCAGUGCCAAUGGGGGCAAAAUUGGAAGUUUUACGUACACGACCAAGCAGACUCAGCUCUCGGGCUCAGCUCUGAUCUGGCCCAUGAUACAAGCCAUCAAUUCCGUUAUGGGCGCUCUGGCGCCAGUGCUUAUCAAUCAGCCUGAUAUAGCGCGAUACGGACAUUCCUACGGCGAUGUGACAUGGAGCCAGGGCUUCGGUAUUCUUACCAGUAAAGUACUGGUCAUGUUCCUGAGUACCGCAACGACUGCAGCCGCUACACAAGUCCUCGGCCAAAGCUAUUGGAACGUAUGGGAUCUCUACGACGCCAUCUUGGAUCAAUAUUGGACUGCUGGAGCUAGAGCAGGGAUAGUAUUUGCGUCUUUCGGUAUGAUGCUCGCUGUACUUGUCACCAAUGCAGGAAGCAACUCGCUUCCCGUUGGUGCCGAUCUUACAGGAAUCUUCCCUCGAUGGUUGACCAUUGUGCGGGGCCAGGUACUCUGCGCGAUUCUGGCACCCUUACUUGUUCCAUGGAAGAUUAUCGCCUCGGCGACUGCGUUCUUGACGUUCCUCGGAAGUUACACUGUAUUUCUGAUGCCGAUCUGCGCGUGCAUGAUUGUCGACUACUGGCUCGUUCGAAAGGGUAACUUGCAUGUUCCCUCAUUGUACACGACUGCAUCCGAAAGCCCGUACUCGUACUGCAAAGGCUGGAAUAUGCGCAUGCUGGCUGCGUGGACAGCUGGGGUUGCCUUCACGGUCCAUGGCGUCGCAGGGUCUUUGGAUGCUGAUUCUGUCGCCGAGGCUAGCAAGAAUAUGUACAAGCUUGGCUUUCUACUAUCUCUUUUCAUGGGCGGCUUGGUUUAUUACAGCUUGUGCCUCAUCUGGCCGGUGAAAAUGGUGCCUCGAGGGGCAGGGGGAGAGCUGGGGUUUGAAGCGUUGGCAGCGAACGAAGGUUUCUUCGACGACGAGAAUGUAGGAACUAUCACGGGCGUACGGGAAGGUGAAGAAGUGCAUGAGACGCAGCACGGCGCUGCGGAUAGCAAAGGGUUUGUCUGUUAA